AUGUGGGCUCCGGUAGAUAGUACACAAGCUGAGACAGCUUCGCUGAAUUCGUGGAGCAUCGAACAACAGCAGAAUCGUUGGGGUGGUUCUAGUGAUUACAGUAAUAAUGCAGCAUUUGAUGAACACAUGCGAUCAAUCGUACCACCAGCUUUUCGUAAUAGUAACGCGAAAAUUGUGUGGCAAGAGCCAAAAUCACUAGAAGCAAACAUCAAUGAAGCUUUGGGUAUCUGGCAGGCAACGCCUCUCAACCAGUUUUCCAUAGAACAGGAACCGUUAGGUGGAACUAGCCAUUUUCCUCCAUCUUUUGCUGGUUGUGGUGCGGCAAAUAGUUGGUCGCAACCUGAAAUUGAACAGCGAAAUUGGGAUAUGUCGAAUCAAUCACAAGCAGUACGGACAGCAGUACCAUUUUGUGGUGGUUUAACGCAGAAUAAAAUAUGGCCAAAUGAAGAGCAAGUUUGGGGGGGCACGCAGCGUCCUCCAGUAUUUUCAACAGCUCCUCCACCGCCUGCUUAUGCUGCAAAUUGGCAGCAAAAUGCACCGCGUGGUAAUGUUUUUCCUCUGCCAACACGAUUCAGCGGUCCACCAUUCGAAAAUAAUGCUGUGAUGGGAAAUUGGGUGCAGCGUCCGAUAAAUGAGUCAGUACAGCCACCAGUGCCACCAUCCACUAUUCCACCUCCUCAAAGAAGUCGGCUGCAAAAUGUUUGGGGUGGCACACCGGCUGUAAAUAACACAGUUAAUGGAAUGUAUCUUCCGCCACCUACUGUCGAAUAUAAUAUACCAAAUGGAUUGACUCAGUGGAAUCCUUCAACAGGCAGCAGUGGCGCGGCAGUGACGGCAGUACCUGUUGUACCAAAACCACAGUUUACUCAAAACUUUGUGAAUCGUUCUCCACCUCCUCCCAGCACUUUCAAUUCGUAUUCACAAGUCUCUAAGUCCGAUUCGUUUAUGGGUGAGAAUGCUGUCUGGCAGGAUCCUGAAGGUGAAGUACGCAAAUGGCAACGAGACACUGGUACUGCCGCAUGGGGUGAUCCUGAGAAACAGCAGAAAGAAAUCAGACGAUGGAUUAUACCGGUCGGAAAAGAAUAUGACAACUCAGAAAACGAGAACGGCGGCCGCGUAGUUAUUCCCCUUGGUUGGGGUGACCUUCCCUCAAAAUCGUCGAAUAAUAACGCUGCAUCAAUUUCGACAACUUCUCUGCCAUCGUGGCCAACUAAAAGCGCGCAAGUAAGCACCGUAACGGCUCCAUCUUCAGGAUGGGGCAACCGUUCGGCUUCAGGAACUGCGAAAUCAACAGCCAUUCCAACUCUUUGGGAAAUUCUUUCAGAACAUCAGCCUUCAUCUCUAGAGAGUGGUUGGAUACCACCGGAUGGUUCGAGCAGUGCAGCUAUGCCUGCUUCAACGCAACAAAUAGUUGAACAGCUGCGUCAGGCUGUUGCGAAAGGGUUGAUUGAUGUUUCACUUCUCAGUAAACCACUUCCAAAUGAGGCACUCUCAGAGAUGCGCACUCUUCUCAGUCGCAUCCCGGUAUUGGAGCAAGCAGAAAAUGAUUUAGCUCGUCUCAUGAACGCCGUUAAGAUUAAUAACGAUCCUGAAGAUGGAAGCGGGAGAAUGGAUACACCGACGGAUCUCAUGACAUCAGAGCAACGGUCAGAAUACAACAGACUAGUAAUCGAAAUUGCUGCGACUAAAACGGAAAUUUUAACAAUUCGUGAGCGUAUACGUGGGAACUCCGAUGCAGUUGGUGUAAGGCCAGCGACGAGUUUAGCUGAAACUCAACGAAUACAACCACAGCAACCGCAACCAGCUGUAACAACGACAACGUCUCCUCGUUUCGGUGACAGUAUUUUGGAUGUUGCUGUACGUGUUGAACAACAGAAACUGUUUUCAAUGUAA